GAAGAAACCGGUGGUGGUCUUCUUCCAUUAAAGCCCGUUGCCACUUUCUUCUCCUCCUCACUGCCCCUCCUCCCUUCCACUGCCACCACCCCUCCUCCAUCCACCACCACCACCUCCCCUUCCUCCACCAUCACCAGUACCAUCAUCUGUUCCUCAGCCCCUCACACUUUCCCACUUCCAUUUGAACAAACAGCUUGGAAAAUAAAAAAUCCAAUCGUGAUUAGACCAUUAUCAGUCUCAGAAACAGAUAAAAAUUCUGGUUGUGUGACUCUGUGAGGGAGGGAGAAAGAGGGAUUUAUUCAACAAAACAGAAACACACAAAAAAUCUCUCUCUCUCUCUCUCUGCUUGUGUGUGUGACCAAGAAAGUAGAGUGUACAUAAAUGGCUGACAACGUGAAGAAUACCAAAACCAAGAAACUGUCCAUCAAUCUAUCCCUUUUCACUUUUUCCAGUUCUGAAACCCCAACAACAAAAUUACCAGUCAAAUCUCCCAGGAACUUUGAAGAGCCAAACGGGGUUGUUGGCCUUGGUAUUCUUGCAGCUUUGAAGGAUGAGUAUUGUUCUCAAGAUCCCUUUUUUAAGAGGGCUGCAAUUCUUGCAAUCUCACCAAGAUCGUUAUCAAAUCCAAUCUCAAUUCUCAGCAACAAAAUGUUCACUUCUUUGUCAUCAGCUAAAAGUAGUAGUGAUAAAAGCACUACUAUUAAUACUGGCAGUGUUACUAAGAGGAGGCUAAGUAUUGAAGAAAUGGAGUUGUGUGAGGAGUAUACUUGUGUGAUAUCUCAUGUUGGGGAUAAUCAAAUCAAGAAAAAAGAGUACUUUGAUGAUGGUGGUAUCUUGGGUAAUAGAAAUAGUACUGAUGCUGUCAUUAGCAACGCUGAGAAUAUCAGUAAUGCUAGUAUCGGUCACUGGGUGAGUUCUGAGGUGGUUUCUGCUUCCUCUGCAGUUAGUCAUGCUGGUGAAGUCCCAGUAGCAGCUUUUCCGUAUGCUGAGUUUCUCAAUUCUUGCUUUCUUUGCAAAAAACAGCUUCAUGGGCUGGACAUUUUCAUGUACAGAGGAGAGAAGGCAUUUUGCAGCGCCGAGUGUCGAUAUCAGCAGAUCUCCAUCGACGAACACAAAGAAAAGUGUGUUUCUGGAACGGUGAAGCCCCUCGAGUACUCGGCCUCGCCAUGCUCCGGUCCGAUGCAGUUUUUUGCUGGUGUGGCUGCAGCUUAAGUAGUUCCAUGGCACCUAUACAUAUGAUAUAGAUAAAUGAACCUAAUAGUGAUGGUGCAGAAAACCAACUUGAAAUAAACUUGUUUCUUUCUCAUAAGAAGAAAAGAAACUCUCUGUUUUGGUGGGGAUUAAAGAGGCAUAUGAUAUAUAUAUAUAUAUAUAUAUAUCUGCUUGUAUGAACAUAAAACCAAUGAAGUAUCUAAAAGUAUAGAUAUUUUGUAAGGGAAUAUGUAAAGGGGGAGAGGAUGUAUAACCAACCUAUAGGUGAAAGGACAUUGGAUAUUUGAAUCUUCUAAAUAUUAUAGAUGUGUUUAAUGAGCAGUAGCAAAUAGGAAUGGAUAGAAUUAUGAUAUGAAUUGCAGUAAUUUAGCUGGAUCA